UAGAAAAAGGAGAAAGCUGGUCUUCCUUCAGGUAAGGUCACACACAAACACAGGGGGUCUGGUCUUCUUCCUCCAAAAAAAAUAAUAAAACCUCAAAAAAUAAAAAUUGGGAAAGUUUCAAUCUUUCCUUCUCCUCCCUCCACUACUCGUUGAUCUCGAAGAAGAGGAGAACGCGAUUAACAGAUUGAGCUCGAGAAUACACUCAGAGAAUGAAAGGGGCAGCAGGAGGUGUUAAGAAGAAGACCCAGGUGGCCAACGACGCCGGCGAGGCGGAGACGACGGCGGUGGAAACAUUCGGAGGAAGCGGGAAAAGAAGUGGAGACGGCGGCGGGUUUGGCAGUGACGACGGCGGAGGAGGAGGAGGAGAGUCAGUUCUUCGCGAGAUGGGUGAUGACAGGCGUACGGAGGAUGAGGAAGAGGAAGAAGAAGAAGAAGACGACGACGAAGAAGAGGAGGAAGAUGAAGAAGAUGUAGGAGAAGGAGGAGGAGGAGGAAGGAAAGAGGAAAGGCCAAAGCUUGAUGAAGGGUUUUUCGAAAUCGAAGCUAUUCGUCGUAAGAGAGUUCGUAAAGGAAAGGUCCAGUAUCUAAUUAAAUGGCGUGGAUGGCCAGAAACAGCCAACACAUGGGAGCCUAAAGAGAAUCUCCAGUCUAUUGCUGAUGUUAUUGAUGCAUUUGAAGGAAGUUUGAAGCCAGGGAAGCCUGGAAGGAAGCCCGGAAGGAAGCGUAAACAUCCUCCUACUUCUACUCCUCAGUUGAAGAAGAAGCAGCAGCAACGUUUAACAUCUAAUAAUACAUCGCAUGAUGCUUCUGAGAGAUCCGACUCUUUCACAUCUCUUAACAACUCUACCCUUCCUACUAAUAACAACAUUCCUGGUGGUCCAUUCGACAACCUCUGCAGUCUGCCAAAAGGAGAUGGGGAAACUGCUUAUGCAGCAGCCAACAACAACCAAGUUAUUGAAGCUAACAGCAGGAGUUUAGUAGAGAAAGAUUACGAUCCGACGCUUAGCGAGCUGAGGGGACCAGUCAUUAACAGUAACGGAGGAGGAGGAGAAGGUGGUGAUAAUGUGAGACCAAAUGGCCUUCUCAAGGUUUAUCCUAAGAACAGUGGGUUCAUUGGUGCUAAGAGGAGGAAGUCUGGUUCUGUGAAAAGAUUCAAACAAGACGCAUCCACAAGUAACAACAACAACAAGAACCACACAACAGCAGGUACUGGUCAGAAUGCAGGGACACAAGAGUUGGCUGAGUUAGACUCUUUUGGAGGAGUCGCGAGGAUAGGGAAUGAGUAUCCUCCUGGUGUGUUGGAGAAUGACAACAAUCUCUCUCAGAAAAGCAAGAUGGAGGAGCUGGACAUUGCGAAGAUCCUUAAACCGGUGAAGUUCUCUUCAUCUGUCACAAACAAUGUGCAAGACGUGUUGGUGACCUUUUUGGCUCUGAGGUCUGAUGGGGAGGAAGUGAUGGUAGACAACAGGUUUCUCAAGGCUCACAAUCCUCAUCUGCUGAUUGAGUUCUACGAGCAACAUCUCAAGUACAAUCCGGAAAGAUAAAAGAAAUUGGUUUGUAUACAGGCGCUCUUGUAGGUAGAGGAGAAAGAUUUUUUAAGUUUUGUCUUAGUGUAGAGUUGAUGAUGUAGUAGCAAAGUUGUAUUAGUAUUCCUUGGGAGAUUGUAUUUGCUUUUUAAUUUGGUGGAGAUUUUAUGUUCAAAAGCUUUUGCUUGUUCAAAGAUCAAAAUUCAUGACGCU